GCGCCGCCGUCCUCACUCCGCCGCUCCCUCUCAACAACUCCGCCGCCAAAACUCACCGCCACCGACCUCAGCCCCGGGAGGAUUAACAUAACCAGCAGACGCCGCGAGCAGCAGCAUUGGGUGGUCUCUGCAAGCAGCUCAUCACAGACCGAGACAGCCUCUGCUGUGGGCUCCACGGUCGUCCCCUCAAAGAUGAAGGCCUGGGUCUACGACGAGUACGGGGGCGCCAGCGUCCUGAGAUUUGACGAGGGGGUCUCGGUCCCUGCGGUGGAGGAGGACCAGGUGCUCGUCAAGGUUGCGGCUGCGGCCCUUAACCCUGUGGAUUUUAAGAGGAGGCUUGGGAAGUUUAAGGCCACCGAUUCUCCUUUACCCACCGUUCCAGGUUAUGAUGUGGCCGGCGUAGUUGUUAAGGUGGGCAACCGAGUGAAGGGUCUAAAAGAAGGUGAUGAAGUUUAUGGAAACAUAAACGAAAAAGCACUCGAGGAUCCUAAGCAGUUUGGAUCUCUUGCUGAAUAUACCUCUGUCGAGGAGAAGCUUAUAGCUUUAAAGCCAAAGAAUCUCGACUUUGCUCAAGCCGCUGGACUUCCUCUUGCUAUUGAAACAGCAAAUGAAGGCCUUGAGAAAGCUGGGUUUUCUGCCGGUAAAUCUAUUCUUGUGUUGGGUGGUGCAGGUGGAGUUGGAUCCUUGGUGGUUCAGCUAGCAAAACAAGUUUUUGGGGCAUCAAAAGUAGCAGCCACAGCAAGCACUGGGAAGAUUGAGCUUUUGAAGAGUCUUGGAGUUGAUUUGGCAAUCGAUUACACCAAGGAAAACUUUGAGGAACUUACAGAGAAAUUUGAUGUGGUUUAUGACACCGUUGGGCAAGGAGAAAAAGCAGUGAAGGCAGUGAAAGAAGGCGGAAGUGUGGUGGUAUUGACCGGUGCAGUCUCGCCUCCAGGCUUCAGAUUUGUAGUAACUUCUGAUGGAGCUGCAUUGACAAAGCUUAACCCUUUUCUUGAGAGUGGAAAGAUUAAGCCGGUUAUAGAUCCGAAGGGUCCUUUCCCGUUCUCAAAACUGGUAGACGCAUUCUCUUACCUUGAAACUGGCAGAGCUACUGGAAAAGUUGUCAUAUAUCCAAUUCCAUGAGGGGGAGCUUUUUAUUUUUAUUUUUUAAUGUACAUGUUUUCACUCAAUGUUCGGAAAAAAUAGAACUUUGCUGAAUUUGGACAUGUAAUUAUAAUUUACCAGCCAUUCUUCAUCGAACAUAUUCUGAUCAAUGUAAAGAUAGAUAACUCUGCUAAUAUAA